AUGGCCGCUAUUUUGGAUUGCCCACUCUUCCGUUACGGGUCCUCCGGUCGUAUUCACCGCGCAGAAACGGAUUCUCGGUUCUCGGUCGCGCUUCUCAGCCCGCAUUUAAAUUGGUUUCUCCCUUCAGAUAUAACACCGUCGAUGCUCAGUACAAAGAAGAUCGCGAAAGACUGCGCGGGGAACGUGAAACGAAGAGCAAGAUUUGCCGGGCGUCGUUCCGAUAUCUUCGGUGUUGGUGCUGCUGGAGCAGAACCAACGGUAAUCGGAAGAAAUUUGGGAGAGGAAGCUCCGCAGCCUAAAAAGAAACUUAUUGGGGUGGAUCUAAAGAGACUCGUGAAGCACAUACUCUUGCCGUACAAAGCCAAGUCACGAUUGGUAAUGGUGCGAUUGACUUGCGCAUACAACUAUCUGUAAGUGCAGAGUUUAACAUGGAUGGAUCGAUCAUCGGAUUACAGAUCGAUGUUUCCUCACAGGUAUCGGACCUCAACAGCAACUUCAGGAUAAGCUCAGCAUGCCAACAAGAAAGCAGAAGCUUAUCUUCGAUGGUUUCUCCCUGAAAGACAACUUCUCUUUGGCCUUCUACAACAUGAAGAACUAGUCAUUUAUUUUGCAGAUCAAGAAAAGAGGAGGCAAAAACAAAUGAAUGUAAAUUGUAGAUUAUGUGUUGUAUGGCCAUGUAUCUGUUCGUACCGAAUUUGUUUGCUUGGAUAGUACCUUGUAGCAAGUUUGUAUUGAACAGCUUCUACGUAGAUGUAAAUUGAUCUGAGACAUCAAUAUGAUUUAUUGG